AUGAACGACCCAGAGAAAAAGGACCAGGGCACUCGCAGGAGUAGCGAGGUUGUCGCGGUGGGAUCAGAUACGUAUACCGCGGAAGAAGAAAAGGCAGUGCUACGCAAGAUUGACAUGGUCGUUCUGCCAUUCAUGUGCUUCGUAUUCUUCCUGCAAUACCUCGACAAGCAGAGUCUGAGCUAUGCGGCCGUGUUCGGCCUGAUCGAAGAUCUGAAUCUAACGAACUCACAAUACUCAUGGUCCAGCUCGAUCUUCUAUGUCGGCCAGCUUGUCGCGGAAUAUCCCUUCAUUUAUCUGAUGAGUCGGCUCCCAUUGACCAAGUUCGUGGGAGCAACCGUUAUCAUAUGGGGAAUCAUCUGCAUGUGCCUGGCCGUCCCGAGAAACUUUGCCGGCUUCGCGACAGUCCGGUUCCUCCUCGGCUUCAGCGAGGGGGCCGUCUCCCCGGCAUUCGUGACCAUCACGGGGACCUGGUACCGGAAAAGGGAGCACACGGUGCGGACGGCGCUCUGGAUCACCAUGAACGGCGUCGCCCAAGUGAUUGGUUGUCUGCUGAUGUACGGCAUCGGCAAGAACAGUUCCUCGUUGGCAAUCGCCCCCUGGCGGGUGCUGUUCCUGCUCUGCGGCGCGCUCACCGUGGCGGCGGGGAUCGGGUUCUUCGUGCUGAUGCCCAGCGGGCCCAAGGACGCCUGGUUUCUGACCGCGCGCGAAAAGACGGUGUUAUCGCUGCGCAUGGCCGAGGAUCGCGAGGGCGGCGACAAGACGUCCUUCGCCCUGCCGCAGCUGCGCGAGGCCCUGCUGGACCCCAAGGCCUGGGCCGUAUUCUGGUUCGGCGUGCUGGUCACCAUGCAGUCCCCCGUCUUGACCUUUGCGUCGCUGGUCAUCGAAUCGAUUGGCUAUAGCAAGCUGGAGACGAUGCUCUACACGGCCCCCUCCGGGGCCGUGCAGGUCGCUUUGCUUUGGGUGGGGACGGCGCUGGUGUACUGGUUUCCGCGGCAGCGGAGUCUGGUGGUUCUGCUGCUGAUCAUCCCGCCACUGGUGGGGACGGUGUUCUUGAUGAAGCUUGACGUGGCGGCGGAGUGGGGGCUCAUCGUUGCUGCUUGGGUGUCCUCGUGCAUUACAGCAUCGAUGUCUAUACUUCUCUCCCUCUCCGCCUCAAAUGUGAAGGGCAACACCAAACGGGCGAUCGUGAACACCAUGUUCUUCAUAGGCUACUCGGCGGGCUGCAUCGGCUCACCACAGCUGUGGACGCACAAGCCACGGUAUACCGAGGGCGUGAUCACUUCCAUUGUGACAUGGUGUCUCCUCUUCGUGGCCGUCAUCGUCUACCGCUUUCUAUGUGCGGCCGACAACCGCAAGCGUGACGCGCAGAUGAGGUCUUCGGAGCUGCAGGGGACUGAUCCGCACAUCGAACUCGAUGAGAAUGGUUUACCCAGCAAUGACCUGACUGACAAGCAGGACAAGGAGUUCCGGUACGCACUAUAG